AAAUCAUUAGAAGCUGAAAUUCCGAAACAGCUGGAGAACUAUUCUUGAAUUUCCAUUUCGGAAUUUCGCCCCUCUCGCGCGCUCUGUCUCUCUCUCCCAUCCCCCUGAAACACAUCCCCACAACUGCUCCCUCCCGGCCCUCUGCUCGCAAACCCUUCUCCUCCGCCCCUACCCUGCUUAUUGCAAAUCUUCCCACCCCUGCUUGCAGACCCCGCUCCCCGCCCUGCCCUCUUCCCCGCCCCGACCAGGGGAAUUUUCUGAAGUUGCCUCUGAAGUUAUUAUAUGUUGCGAAGAAAGCAUUUGGGGCUUCUGUUCUUUUUGACUCGUCAGGAGAAGAUGAUGAGUCAAUAGUGGUGGGAUUCCGGAGAUGAUGGAUCUCCUCCUUGACACGUUGCUUUCUUUAUUGCCGCAAGCUUCAGCUUCUAUGAGGUCGCUAUUGAGCAGGCUUUGUUUUGGAAAAUGAUAAUAACAAUGGUUCAGCUUUAGGUUCAUCUGGAAUUUUAGCUGAUCAUCAGCUUCAAACACAAUUGCAAGAGCAUCACUUGAAGGGUUGCAACGGCCAGAGAUACGAAGCAUAUGCAGCGUGAAGGGAACUGAAGCAAGAACGCAGAGCCUACUACUGUCGAUCUGCCGUCGGUGAUCCGAGUUCGUUGUUCCAAUAGGUAGAAGUUUGUUGCAGCCACCAUCUACAAAGACGACACAGAUCUGCCGUCAGUGAGUUUAAAGCCUAGAAGCUCCGAGGAACCUACCAUCUGUCUAAAUUUCAUGUUUAACUCUCUUCAACUUGAUUUGGUCAUUAGAGCUAAGGAUGGACGCAUGUGGGACCCUCUAAAGAACCAUUUUAUUGGUCAUGGAGGUUCCCAAAUUUAUUAUGAGGUUUAAAGGGAAAGGGUUCAGCACCACCAGAAUCAAACUCUACCCGUUUGAGUAUCUUCCAAGAAGAAGUUUUUCGGACUUCAAGAAAAGCUUUAGCGGCGAUGAUGAAGUUCUUCCUGUUUUGAUUGUUGGUGCAGGUCCUGUUGGGCUCGUUCUCUCCAUUCUUCUGACAAAAUUAGGUGUCAGGUGUGCGGUUUUAGAGAAAAGCAAAAUCUUCUCUCAACAUCCACAAGCGCACUUUAUAAACAAUCGAUCUAUGGAGGUGUUUCGCAAAUUGAAUGGCCUGGCAAAGGAGAUCCAAAAGUUGCAACCACCAGUAGAUUUGUGGAGGAAGUUCAUGUACUGCACCUCACUUUCGGGUUAUAUUCUUGGGUCAGUAGAUCAUAUGCAACCUCAAGGUAAAUCCUUUGGAGUGGUCAAUCAAUGGCUCAUCAGUGCAAUGGAAUGCUCCUUCAAGGACUUUGAACAGGUAGUCAGCCCAGUAUCUGUUGCACAUUUUUCACAGUACAAACUUACCAGGUUACUACUCAAACAGCUAGAGAAUCUUGAAUUUCGCAUUUCUAAUGGUGAUGGAAUUGAAGAGCUUAAUCAUAGACUUCUUGGGGAAAGGGAGAUAUUGAUGGGACAUGAGUGUGUUUCCAUCAAAGCCACUGAUCCUUGUCUGACAGUGGGUGCUUCCUUUAUCAAGGAAGGGAAGAAAACAGAAAGAAAAAUCCUCUGUAAAAUUCUAGUUGGUGCUGAUGGUGCUGGAAGCACUGUUAGAAAGCUGAUGGGUAUAGGUAUGCAAGGUGAAAGGGGGUUGCAAAAUCUUGUCAGUGUCCAUUUCUUGAGCCAAGACCUUGGACAAUACCUACUUCAUCAGAGGCCGGGAAUGCUGUUCUUUAUUUUCAAUACGGAUGCUAUAGGGGUUCUUGUAGCACAUGAUCUCAGCCAAGGUGAAUUUGUGUUACAGAUGCCCUUCUAUCCUCCUCAGCAGAAUCUAAAAGACUUCAGUUCCAAGGUAUGCGAGGAGUUAAUCUUUAAAAUAGUCGGCUGGGAGCUCAAGGACAUAAAUGUGAUUGAUAUAAAGCCAUGGGUGAUGCAUGCUGAAGUUGCUGAGAAGUUUGUUGCUUGUGAUAAUCGAGUAAUACUUGCGGGUGAUGCAGCUCACCGUUUUCCUCCUGCUGGUGGUUUUGGAAUGAACACUGGUAUCCAGGAUGCUCAUAACCUGGCAUGGAAAAUAGCUUCUGUGUUGCAGGAUAUAUCUCCACCUUCAAUUCUCCAGACUUAUGAAAUGGAACGCAGGCAGAUUGCUAUUUUCAAUACUAGACUAAGUGUUCAGAACUUUAAAGCCGCCAUGGAAGUUCCUUCUGCACUUGGUCUGGACCCAGCUGCUGCAAACUCAGUACAUCGAAUAAUCAACAGUGGGAUUGGUUCCAUUCUACCAUCUGGAUUACAGAGAGCAAUCUUGGAUGGAAUCUUUGCUGCUGGUCGUGCACAAGUUUCAGAAUCCAUUCUGAAUGACAAGAAUCCUCUUGGCUCUUUGAGGCUUGCUAAACUGAGGCGUAUAUUUGAUGAAGGAAAGAGCCUCCAGCUUCAGUUUCCUGCGGAAGAUCUUGGUUUCAGGUAUCUUGAAGGAGCUCUUGUUCCAGAGAAUUAUAAUGCAUCACAUGCACCAGAAGCACCAACUGGUCGUAGGAGGGACUAUGUUCCCUCUGCAGAGCCAGGGUUGCGGUUGCCUCAUAUGAAUUUCAGAUUGUUGCCGAAGUUAUCGAGUGAGGAGAUUUUUUCUACUUUGGAUCUGGUGUCUGGAGAUAAAGUUGUGUUCCUUCUCAUUAUAGCACCGAAGAAUGAGUCUUACAAUCUUGCUCAAGCUGCUCUCAAAGUGGCAGAUGGAUUCAGAGUUUCUUUGAAGAUUUGUGUCAUGUGGCCAUCUGGUUCUGUAAAGGAAAUAGGCGCAAAUAAAACUGCUUUAAUGUCAAUCAAGGAUUGCAUUCAUGUUGAGGAGAUUAGGAGAUCAGCACCAUCACCUUCAUGGUGGGACAUCUGUCAGAUGACAGACAGAGGAGCCAUUUUAGUUAGACCCGACGAGCACAUUGCUUGGCGGACUAAGUCUGAAGUUUCUGAUCCUAUAUCUGAGAUGCAAAAUGUAUUCUCCUUAGUUUUACUGGGUAAAAGGACCUGUCUUUUGCAGGAAGUAGAAGCAAAGCUUAAACACGUAUAAGAUAUAUGCAUGCACAGAUGGAUACAGCAGUUGUAUCUCCUGUUUUCUUUGUAUGUACACUAAUAUGAUGCAUGCAUGCACAGAUGGAUGAGCCAUUAACUAUCAGCUUAUAAAUUUCAUACAAGCCUAUACUUAA